AUGGCUCGUGAAGAUGAAUAUGAUUAUCUAUUUAAAGUGGUGCUCAUUGGUGAUUCUGGUGUUGGAAAGAGUAAUCUACUUUCACGUUUUACUCGAAAUGAAUUCAAUUUAGAAAGUAAAAGUACAAUUGGUGUUGAAUUUGCUACACGAAGUAUACAAGUAGAUAAAAAAACGAUCAAAGCACAAAUAUGGGAUACAGCAGGUCAAGAACGUUACCGUGCCAUUACAAGCGCUUACUAUCGUGGUGCAGUAGGUGCAUUGCUUGUUUAUGAUAUAAGUAAACAUGCGACCUAUGAAAAUGUUGAACGAUGGCUAAAAGAACUACGUGAUCAUGCUGAUGCAAAUAUUGUUAUCUCACUUGUGGGCAACAAAUCUGACCUAAGACAUUUACGUUCAGUACCAAGUGACGAAGCUAAAUCAUUUUCUGAAAAGAACGGCAUUUCAUUUAUUGAAACAUCUGCAUUAGAUUCUACGAAUGUUGAACAAGCGUUCCAGACUAUUCUCACUGAAAUCUAUCGUAUUGUUUCUCAACGUCCAAUGCCAGAAUCAACAGGAACACAAAUUAAUGGUGGAGUGGGAUCAUCACACCUUCCAAUUCGUCUACCCCCAACAAAUCCUGUAUCUGAUUCCAAACAGAACACAUCAUGUUGCUCAUAG